AUGACUUGCCGCGCAAGGACCAAAUCUGUCGAGCAAUGCUCGCGAGAGGCUCUACCCUCCGGAUAUUGCUUCCAGCAUGAAAAAGAUUGCAAGAUCCAGAUGUUCAAAACGGAGCUCAAGAAGAUGCAUCAACGUGUUCGUACUUUCAGUGAGAAGCUAAACGCUUAUCAUCGAAUGAUAGUAGAUAUCAAUCGCUGUGAUUAUAUCAAAUAUCGACUGGAUCAGCUGGAACAGCACACACCAUAUCGAUUCAUCUGCAACGAUCCUCGUUCCAAAGAGGAGAUCGAAGAGAUUUUUGAUCUCCCCUUCGAUGAGUGCCAACAAUCGUAUAUCUCCUUGCUCGAGAGAAGGAAUGCAAUAGUUCAUAAAUACACGAUGCAGAACUGGGAGGAGCAACACGCCCAGCGAUCAGCUCAACUAGGGAAGAUUGAAUAUAAACCACGAUUCAGGAAUUAA